CUUAGCUUGGUGCUGAGAGCGCCAUGUAGCCCAUGGUCGAGAGAGCAGAUGAGCGUGCAUCAUGGGUGCUUCGGAGGGUCAGCACCAUCUUCGCAGUGCGCAGGGAGAAGCUGGACAAGUUUCUCCAGAUCUUCUGGGAGGAUCAGAACUCCAGCAGAACGCUUGAUACUUUCCUCAAUGAGGUGGAGGUGCCUGCUGCCUUCUUCCAUUUGUCGGCAAAUGGGGACAGCUGCAGCACUUCGACGGAGCUGCCCACAGCAGGCCAGAUGAAGAAGAAGGUCUUGGCCCUGGUGCGGUCCAAGCACGAGGUGGAGAUAGAAAUAGGACCUGGCAAGCGCCCUGUGGUGUUUGUCGAGCUGGCAAAGGGGAUUAUGGAUUUGAUCAACUCCUACUGCCACUCGGUCUACCUCUCUGUCCUGAUGAACCCCGCGAAUCAGCGUGGCUGGUCAGACCUUAUUUCGAGAGACCUCAUUGACAAGUUUCACAGUUUUUUGGCGACCCUGCAUGUGACGGUGGGUCUCAUGAAGGGGCAGACUCUUUUGCCACUGCCGCCUCGGGAAGCUGUACAGGAUGGCGCUGGCCAAGGCAAGGCGAAUGCAGCCAGCAAGGAUCGAGUUCACGUGCUCGAGGGAGCAGUGAUUACCUGGACGAAGCAGGUGCGAUAUGUGCUGAAACAGGAGCCGGAGCACGUCUUCAGAGAGGGCAAUCCUCAGCCUGAUGCAGAAUUGCAGUUCUGGCGCAAUAGAGCCAACAAUCUGAACUCCAUCCACAUGCAGUUGCAGAUGGAGGGCGUCAAACGAGUGCUGCGGUUCUUAGAGGCGAACAAGAGCACCUACGUGUCGCCCUUCGCGCGCCUGCAGAAGGAGGUGGAGGAUAGCAGGGAGGAGGCAAACGACAACGUUCGGUUCCUGAAGACCUUGGAGCCCUUCGUGAACAGCUUGCUCUCCGAGUCUGUGGACUUUGAGGCCUUGGAGCGAAUCUUCGACGACAUCUUCCACAUGCUAUUGCUGAUUUGGAGGCACUCCAAGUACUACAACUCUCUUGCCCGCUUGGCGGUCAUCGUCCGGCAGCUCUGCAACAGUCUGAUCGCCCAGGCCACGCGCUACAUCUCCAGCAGCAGCGUCUUCGAGAUGAUCUUGCAGAGCGAGGCACAUGAGUGCCAUGACAUGCUGGAGAAUGUCAUGCGGGCGCUGGAAUCUCUUCAGGAGUCUUACCACAACUAUCGAGCCUUGUCAGAGCAAGGCAACUCGAUGUUGGGGAAGGAUACCAGCCCCGGAGGAGUGGGCACUGGCUGGAGACUGCGAAACACCGUGGUCUUUGGUCGAUUGGAAGCCUUUGGAGAGAGGGUCUCAGACAUCCUGGAUUUUGUGAAGACAGUGUUGCAGUUCAACAAGCUGGAGAGAGUCGACAUAGGAGGCACCAAAGGCAAAGUGCUCUCCAAAUGUGUCGAGAAGGUGCAUGAGGAAUUUGAGAAGGCCGUUGAGAAGUUUCGACGGGUUCCCUACGACAUUUUCGACGUGAAAGAGAUGGCCUUUAUAAGCGACUUUCACGAAUUUCGGCUAACUAUUCGUGAUCUGGACCGGCGAUUGGGCAGCAUCCUGGCGGCUGCCUUCCACGACCAGGACACGCUGCAUGGCCGCGCCAAGCUCCUCGAUGCCUUCGAGGGCCUGUUGGAGCGGCCGGUGAUCCAAGCGGAGCUGGUGCGGAAGCAGCAGGUGCUGAUCAACCAGUACAAGCAGGAUGUGGACGAAAUCCAGGCAAACUUCACGGCCAACGAGGAUAAGGUCGACAACUGCGAGCCAGAUGCCCCGAUCUUUGCCAACUUGCCGCCGGUGGCGGGAGCCAUUUUCUGGGCUCGGAGCUUGCGCACUCGCCUCCUGGACCCUAUGCCCAAGAUUGUGGCCUACAACGAGCUCACCAAGUGCGAGGUGCCCGAGAGCUUCAAGGAGUUGGAGCGCCUUCACCGGAGGACUCUGGAGACCUUGCACGACUACGAGCAACGUCGCUACUCCGAGUGGAAGAAGGAGGUUGGAGAGGCCGCAAAGCGGCUGCACAUGCGCCUGCUUCGGCGACACGACAGGACAGGGCUCUUGAAGGUGAACUUCGACCCAGCUUUGGUGCGCCUGCUCCGAGAGGUCCGAUUCUUCCUGAUUUAUGGCUUAGAGGUGCCGCGGGAAGCCUUGACCAUCUACUCUAUGGUGGACACCUACCGGACCUGGACCAGCCAAUUGGAUCAUAUAGUGGGGCUCUAUAACUCGGUGCUGACAGACCUGCUUCCCGUAGAGGAACCGCUUCUCGAAGACCGAAUUCUGAAGAUGGACACGGUACUGGCCCCUGGCCUGACAGAGCUGAAAUGGUCCCGGGAAGAUCAUAUCCCGGACUUCAUUGCUGGAGCCAUGAAAGUGGUCAGCGACGUGUCUGCUAUCGUGGACAUCAUGAAGGGCAACCUGCGCCGGAUUUCCAACAUCCUCUCGCAGUGGUGCAAAGAGUCCAUGUUGGAGCGAAAGCGCGGAGCAAAGCCUGUCUCCGUGGAGGAGUUUGAGCAGAACCACAAGGCUCGUGUCGGAGUACGACUGAUGAAUAUGACAGAUGGAGGCAAGGAGAUCCACCGCUUCGUGAAGGAUUCCAGCGAGUCUCUGAAGAUCUCCAAAACAGCACCUACUUGGAAGGCCUAUGUGGACUUUGUGAACAAUGUGGUGAUUGAGGGAUUUGUCUCGGCAAUCGCUGUGUCCCUCCAGUACCUUUGCGAGAUCUUGGAUCCCCUCAUCAUUGCCAGGCAUGAGAUGCUGCCACUCUUUGAUGUGAAGAUCGAGCUGCAGGGCGACGAGAUCGUGUUCGACCCGCCUUUUGAGGACGAAGACAAUCCGAGUCGAACAACCUUGCGCAGCACUAUCGACAGCUGGCUCAAGGACUUCUUUGCCAUGGCCACUGUCAUGGUGCGGCUGGAUUCAAAUGUUGGAGACUACCUGAAUGAGAUUAAGGAACAUUUCCAGAUGCAAUGCUUGCUGUCCUUGGUAUCAGAGCUGAUCGACAACACCGAGUCCAAGUGCUUGGAGUAUCGUGAAAACUUCAUGAGCCACUCAUUCCUGUGGACCGACUCUGUGGACAAGACCUUUGAGAGGUUCCUGCAGGACAAGCCCAAGGAGCUGGUGGACUUCAGCGAGGGAGGCAUGCGGUUCCGAGACAUCAUGACCCGCAUCAAGGUGGACCUGGGCCCUCCCAUCCCCUCGCUGGAGAGGUUUGAUAAGGAGGUGGCCCGCUUCGAACACCUCAAGCAGGAGUUGUCACUGAAAAAGACACCCACGGACAUCCACUGGUUGCGCAUUGACGCCCAGCCGGUGAAGGUGACCUUGGUGAACUGCGCGCGCAAGUGGGAAGAGAAGUUUACAGGCUUCCUGAGGAAGUUCGUCGAGGAUCGCAUCACCUCCCUCAGCGCCUUCAUCACCUCCGUGAGGACUGGCCUCGGCCCACCUUCAGCGGCAGAGAACCCCGAGGAUGAGCGCCUGCUGUACCAGACGAUGACCAAGAUCCGGGAUGUGAAGUUGGCUCGAGGAGCCAUGCAAAGGCUGUUCCAACCUCUCCGAGAACAGGUGCAGAUGCUGAAGAAGCAUCACUGCAGCAUCUCCGAGGAGUCCUGGAACAACUUGGAGCACGCGCCGGCGCACUGGGCAGAGGUGGAUCGAGCUGCCUUCAAUGAGAAGGAGAAGAUUCUUCCCCUCCAAAAUCAGGAGAUGGUGAAGAUCCGGGGGAAGAUCGAGGGCUUCCGGGAGGACGUGCGCAGCUUCCGCGCGGAGUUCCUGGAGCGCUGCCCCUUCGGGAGUGAAUACGCCGUAUCUGCGAAAUACGACAAGAGCUAUGCCAUUAUCAACAAAUACCACAGAAAGACUAUGGAAAUUCGGGCUCGAGCUGAACAAUUCAAUGAUCUCGAGCUGCUGUUUGAUAUGGCCAUGAGCGACUACCGCCCCCUGAAUGACUGCUUGAGCAACCUGGUGCUGCUCAAGAACCUUUGGGACUUGAUUGUCAUGGUGCGGGAGACCUUCUCAGCCUGGUACAAUGUGCUGUGGGACAAGAUCGACACGGGGCAAAUGAUGGCGACAGUAAGGGAGCUCAGCCACCAGGUGAAGAGUGCCUCCAAGGGCAUGCGAGCUUGGCCCCUCUACUCCUGGCUGCAGGACGAGGUGAAGAAUAUGUCCGCCGCCCUGCCACUGGUGAAUGAGCUGCACUCGGACACGAUGCGGGACCGGCAUUGGGCCAUGCUCAUGGCCGUCACCAAGAAGACCUUCGAGAAGGGACCGGAGUUCAGCUUCCGGCACCUGCUGGAGCUGGAGCUGCACCACUUCUCGGAUGUGGUCUACGAGAUCGUGGAUCAGAGCGUGAAGGAGGCCAAGAUCGAAGCGAAGCUGGAAGGAAUCCGAAAGACCUGGUCCAAGAUGACCGUCGAGUUUGACAACAAUCGAGAGGAUUGCCCGCUCUUAGCGGAUCUUUCUGAGGUGCUGGAGCGCUUGGAGUCGGACUCCCUGGAGAUGCUGUCCAUGACCUCUCAGGGCCGCUUCAUCGAGUUCUGCAAGCAGACAGUGGACGAGUGGAGUGAGAAGCUGCAGACCGUCGACUCUGUGCUACAGGUUUGGGGAAAGUUUCAAAUCAAUUGGUGCCGCUUGGAGCCCAUCUUCAUGCAAAGUGACGACAUCCGCUCCCAGCUUCCAGAGGAUUCCAAGAGGUUCGAGAUGCUAGACAACAGCUGGAAGGAUCUCAUGAUCGAGGCCUCGCGGUCUUCGCUGAUCGUGGAGAUCUGUAUGGCCGAGGGCAGAGCCCAGACCCUGGCUGACAUUACUGAUGCCUUGGACACCUGCGAGCGCUCUUUGAACGACUACCUGGAGCAGAAGAAGAAGUCAUUUCCUCGAUUUUACUUUGUGGCCAACGGCGCCCUGCUGGAUAUCCUUUCAAACGGCAACAAGCCGCUGAAGGUGGCCGAGUACCUGGGAGAUGUCUUCGACGGAAUACGCACGCUGGACUUCUCCAAGGAUCCUCAAUAUGGGCGAAUGGCCUGUGGCCACCGUGCAAAGGAUGGCGAGUUCGUGGCAUGGCCGGCGGAUCCUGGGAUCUUCGUCCUUGAGGGGCCAGUGGAGCAGUACCUGGCUGGCCUGGAGUCCCACGUCCGCCUGGCUUUGAGGGAGAUCCUCGAGCAGGCCCGCACCUCUGCUGAGAGCUGGGAGCUUGGAGACAGGCCACGGGAGACGUGGCUGGACGACUACUGCGCCCAGCUCAGCUUGCUGGCAACACAGGUCAUCUGGACAGAGGAGACGACCAGGGCCUUUGAGGACAUGGAGGCUGGAAGUGAGACGGCCAUGAAGGACUACAAGAGGGUGAAUGAUGACCGCAUAGAGAAGCUUAUCCGGCGCGUCCAGCGGGAGUCAGACAAGGAAUUACGGACCAAGGUCAUCACGAUCAUCACGAUCGAUGUGCAUUCCCGCGAUGUCAUCGAAUCCUUUGUGUUGCAGAAAGUCAACGAAGCAAACGACUUUAGGUGGGGCUCACAGCUGCGCUUCUACUGGACCAUGUACCCACCAGGCAGCAACUUGGUGUCCUUCACUCCAGCGCAUCAGAAGACUUGCGUCAUCAAAAUCUGCGAUUGGGCCACUUGCUAUGCCUACGAGUACGUGGGCAAUGUGGGGAGGCUGGUCAUUACCCCUCUCACAGACCGAUGCUACAUCACGCUGACGCAGGCUUUGAACCUUUGUCUAGGAGGCGCACCGGCGGGCCCCGCGGGGACGGGCAAGACUGAGACCACCAAAGACCUCUCCAGGGCCUUGGGCUUGCCGAUCGUGGUGUUCAACUGCUCUGACCAGAUGACCUACCAGACCACGGCCCAAAUCUUCAUGGGCCUUGCACAGGUGGGCGCCUGGGGCUGCUUCGAUGAAUUCAAUCGCAUCUCCAUCGAGGUGUUGUCUGUGGUGUCGACGCAAUACAAGUCCGUCCUGGACGCCAUCCGUGCCAACAGCAAGACCUUCCUCUUUGUAGAUGAGGAGUUGCGUCUUGUGAAGACCUGCGGCGCCUUCAUCACCAUGAACCCGGGCUACGCUGGCAGAACUGAGCUGCCAGAGAAUCUGAAGGCGCUCUUCCGAUCUGUUGCCAUGAUCGUCCCGAAUCUGAAAUUCAUUUGCGAAAACAUGCUCAUGUCCGAGGGCUUUAUCAUUGCCAGGCUGCUGGCACACAAAUUUGUGACCCUGUACUCAUUGUCCAAGGAGUUGCUGUCGAAGCAGAUGCACUACGACUGGGGUCUGAGAGCUGUGAAGUCGUUGCUGCGGCAGGCGGGAUCCUUGAAGGGCCAGGAGCCGGAAACGGACGAGAACAUCGUGCUCUGCCGCGCGCUCCGGGAUUUCAACUUGCCCAAGAUUACCACCCAGGACAUGCCCAUCUUCCAGCGGCUUAUCAGCGACCUCUUCCCCGGCAUCUCCCCGGAGCCCUUCCUAGAUCUCGAUUUCCGUAGAAUCUGCGAGGACACCAUCAAGGGAAGAGGUCUGCAGCCAGAUCCAGGCUUUGUGGACAAAGUCGUAGACUUUUUGGACAUCCUUAAGGCGCGUGACACGGCUGAGGUGAGGCAUUGCUGCUUCAUCAUAGGCCCCACGGGUGCGGGGAAGACCGAGAUUUGGCGCUCCCUGGAGAUGGCCCUCAUUGCCACCGGCGAGGAUUGCCGCUGGGAGCAGGUAAACCCCAAGGCGAUCACUGCUGAUGAGCUCUAUGGUACCAUCGAGAAGGGAGAGUGGAAAGAUGGUGCCAUUGCGGUGAUCAUGCGUAGCAUGAGCAAGGAGCUCAACGGCUACAAAGAGUCUCACAAACACAAGUGGGUGGUUCUGGACGGUGACAUCGACGCAACAUGGAUCGAGUCCAUGAACACUGUCAUGGAUGACAACAAGGUCCUCACUCUGGUGAGCAACGAGCGCAUCCCCUUUACCCCAUCGAUGAGGAUGCUGCUUGAGAUCCAGGAUAUGAAGCACGCAAGCCCUGCCACAGUGUCCCGUGGCGGGGUGCUGUACAUCAACGAGACCGAUGUGGGGUGGAAGCCCUUUGUGGAAAGCUGGAGGGAGCAGAUGGAUCCUGUGGCUCAGAGCACGUUCUACAUGCUCUUCACGCACCAGUUCGAGGGCAACAUCGAGCAGCUCCGCAAGAACUUUGCCUUUACCUGCCCCAUUCUGGACAUGGGCUUUGUGCAGACGGUCACCUGCUUGCUGGAUGCGCUGCUGGAAGGUGGCAAGGAUGAAGGCAAGCACAGCACCCUCGAACAAUUGAGAAGCUUCCCCACAGAGGAGCAGAAGGCGAUCUACGAGUCCUUUUUCACUUUUGCACUGAUGUGGGCCCUGGGCGGUGCCGUCGCAGAUGACAAGAUCGUGAACCAUCGCAAGGCCUUCAGCGCAACCUUGAGGUCCAUGGCUCGGGGUGUGAAGCUGCCGGAGACUGGUGAGUGCUUUGACUAUCACUUCGAAGUGGCCAGUAAGGAAUGGGCACACUGGGAGACCUGCGUGAAGAAAUACGAGCCCGUGGCUGAAGUGCUUUACCAGAACAUCGUGAUCAGCAACGUGGAGCUGGAAAGAAUGAAGCACUUGUUGGAUCUCCACGUGAAGCGCCAGAAGCCCAUGCUGCUCGUCGGGGUGGCAGGAACUGCAAAGACCACCAUCACGAAGGAUUACUUGGCCGAGGUGAAGGUCAACAGUGACACUAUGAACAGCGCCUCCAUCAACCUCAACAGCUAUACCACUUCGGCUGCAUUGCAGAGCAUCAUUGUGGGCUGUUUGGAGAAGCGGAGCGGUCACACCUAUGGUCCACCAGGGCGCCGCAAGUGCAUUCUCUUUGUAGACGAUCUGAACAUGCCCUACGUCGAUGAUUACGACACUCAGAGCGCCAUCAUGCUGCUGACGCAGGUGCUGUCCUACGGCCAAGUCUACGAUAGAGAACGCCUGGACGAGAAGAAGAACAUUGUGGAUCUGCUGUUCACGGCGUGCAUGAACCCGAAGGCGGGGAGCUUCAUGAUCAACGGCCGUUUGCAGCGGCGAUUCACCGUGGCCACCACGUACUCGGCCACAGCAUCGGCUCUUCACGGCAUCUACACCAAGAUCCUCGGCCGACACCUGCAGGGCUUCGGCCCGCAGACUCAGCGGUGCUGCGAGCCCAUUGUGAAUGCCACUGCAGAGAUCCUGGCCUCCAUCCAGAAUUCCCCGGCCUUUUUGCCCUCCGCGGAGAAGUUCCACUAUCAGUUCAAUCUGAAGGACAUUGCCAACAUCUUCCAAGGGAUGCUCAGCACCAACGGCGCAGUCUUCAGAGAUGCCUCCGGUUCCACCAGGUUCUUGCGGGUCUGGUUACACGAGUUGCACCGCGUCUUCUCCGACCGGCUAGUGCUGGAAUCUGACGCGAAGGAGCUGCAAGCCAUGAUCGAAAAGGCAGUGUCCAAGUGCUUCGUGGGCGUGGCGCCCAACCGCGAGGAGCUCUUCGCGCUGCCCAAUGUCUGCACCGCCUUCAUCUCCGAGGCCUCUGGCCCAGAUCGCCACUACCUGCCAGCGCAGGACAUGCAACAAAUCCGAAAGGUCGUCGAGGCGAAGUUGGAGGCCUACAACAAUGAGCACGCCACCAUGAACCUGGUCCUGUUUGAUGACGCCGUAUUCCAUGUGUGUCGCAUUUGCCGGAUCACGGGGAACCCGUGCGGCAGUGCGCUGCUGGUGGGCGUCGGGGGCUCCGGGAAGCAGUCGCUGGCCCGACUCGCCAGCUUUAUCAAUGGCCAGGAAGUGCUCACGAUCUUGGUGAAUCAGCAGUAUGGCCUCAACGAACUGAAAGCUGAUCUGCAGGAGUUUUACAAGAAGGCUGCUGUGAAGCCUGCGAACCCCCAGGCGUUUCUUCUCACGGACAGCCAGAUCACAGAUGAGCGUUUCCUCGUCUUCAUCAAUGUGCCCCAGAAUGCAGACCCGCGCGGUUAUGAGCCCAAGUCACGCGGUGUGACACUGGCGCCAUGGAUGGCGCUGACUCAGGGAGCCACCCUGGAGAACAACGGAAAGGGAACCGGAGGCCGAGUCGGCCCAGUGGUGGAGGAGGUGGAGGAACCUGCCUUGAUAGCCAGGUGGAAAGGCAGUUGGCGCUGGCAGCACAACAACUUGCUCUACCAGGACCAGCGGGAGAUGCCGAAGGCCCACGGCCUGCUCAACGGCAAGAACUGGGGCCGCAGCUGGUACUUCUUGGACCUGGGGGACAUCUUGAAGGCUCACGGCUUGCUCAAUGGCAAGAUCAAGGAACACGGCAACAGCCGGGACUACCUGAACCAGGACGGCAUGCUCAAUGGCCAGAUCCGAUGCAGGAACAUGGAACCCCAGAAGGCCGUGGAACUCGAGGUGAACCUGCUGAUCCUGAGGUGGAUGAUGACGGAUGAGGAGAAGCUCAGCUCCUCGAAGGCGUUGGCUCGAUGGGCCCCUGGGAUGAUGCGGGAGCUCGCCAGAUGCCUUCGGAAGGAGGUGGACGGUGAGUCGAGAACGAAAGUGAAGGCCCUGUCGUGGGAGGACAGGCCACAUCGAAGGGUGCGACAUCCAGCCGGGAAUGUCCUCUCAGUGGAUUUGAGUGGGCCGUUCAUCAAGGGCAUCGAUGUGGAUGGAGUCCAAGACCGAAGGUACCUGCUCGUGGCUGCGUUCACAUGGCCACAGAUCCACACCGAAGAAGGUGAGGAACUUCGAGAAGAUCUACUACCGGUGGAGGAACAGGUGGAUCAGGACGAGCAGGAGGAAGAAGAAGGCUUCAUUGUGGAAGGAGCCCGAGAGGAGGACGAGCAGCCGGUGAUUCCGGAAAUCCAGAAGGAACCGCACCCGCUGAAGACGUUGUACAUGACGGUCCCGCUGAAGUCCAAGGACAAGCGAGAGGUCUUGGCGGCGAUCCAGGAGGUCUAUAUCAGACUGAGGAGAGAGGGCCACCUGGUGCUGAGACUGCACUCAGAUAAAGGAGGCGAGUUCAUGAGCAAAGAACUAGCCAGCUGGUGCCGACUGAGGGACAUUAGAAAGUCCACCAGGACACCGGAUCAGAUGCAGGAGAACGGAAGGGCAGAGGCCGCAGUUGGGGUCGUAAAAUCCAUGGUGAGGAGGGUGCUGAUAGCAUCACGAUGGGAAUCGAAGUGGUGGCCCUGCAUCGCCCGCUACGUCUCGGAGGUGCGCUUCAAGUUUGACCAGACCGGAGACCAUCCGAAGUAUCAGUUCGGAGAGGAGGUGGUGGUGCCGAAGAGAGCUUGGAAGCAGAAAUCCUUUGAGGCGAAGAAUCAGCGAGGCAAGUACCUGGCCCCGCUCUAUGACAUCACCCACGGUCACGCGGUGAAGCUGGACUGUGACAACAAGGUGGUGGCGGUGUCGAAGGUUCUCUCAGGCUUGCGAGAAGGGGAAGCCCCGAGAGCAGAAGGACAGGAGGAGGAAGAGAAUCCUGAUGGGGAAGCUCUGUUCGAUGAAGCUCUGCGUGUGAGAAGACGGUUGAGGAUGAAGACGAGCGAUCCGAGAAGGAUGGACGAUGGAGGAGGUGAGAAGGUUGCGGAGCGGAUUCGAUUGUUGCGGAACCUCAUCGUGGAGGAGGAAGAAAGGAUGUUGGAAGAUGGAGAAAACGCAGCUGAGGUCACCUUCAAGAUGGUGAGGAAGCUGAAGGAAGAAGAGGAGAACCUGAAGCAGACCGUGCCGGACCACAAGGAGGCAGAGAAGGUCUUGCAUACAAAGAUGGUCUCCACGAAUGAGGUGAUCGCGGACAAGGAAGCCUGGGCAACGUCGAUCAAGAUGGAGCUGGAUUCUCUGAUGACAGAGAAGAAGGCGUUGCGGCGAUUGGCUCCUGGGGAAGCCGCGAAGUUGAUCAAGGAGAAGGGCAACAAGCUGACCGUGGUCCCGGGCAAGGCCAUCUUCAGUGUGAAAGCGGGAAGUUCGCGGCGGAAGACCAGGUUGGUGGUGUGCGGGAACUACGUCGCCCAGAACUCGGAGGCGGAAGGAGACACCUUUGCGGGCGGUACGGACAUCGCGGCGAUCCGCUUGCAGGUGAAGGACUACGUGGAGGAACUGCUGACCCGGCACAAGGACGAGGUGAAGAAGGCGAAGGCGCCCAUGUCCAAGGAGAUGGCGGAUGAGGCGGAGGCCAUCGACAGCGUGAUCCUUGGGGACAGCGUUGAAGCGCUGAUCACGGACAUAUUGGGGCUGGACGACUUCAAGAAGAUGCUGCUGGUCAAGGAGCUGUGUGCCUUGUGGAAUCUGAAGGCCAUGCGAGAAGAGGAUGAACAAAGCAGGCUGAACAAGGCCGUGGUAAUGCAGCCGGAGGUGGACAAGUGGAUCAAGCUGCUGGUGAUCUUGAUCAUGAUCACAGGAUGCCGAGCUCAAGGGAAUCAACAGCCGGAGGAGGAGAAGAUUGACCUUGCGGUGGUGGUCUUGGUGAUCGCAUGCUCGUACUGCCAGCGCUCUGGUGCUCCCUAG